UCAUCAUGCCAGUCAACUUUGCGCAAGUAGUAAAUAUGUACAGUUGAACAAGUUAUUGAGAAUAGCCGCGGACUCGCUAGGUAGUACCUAUCAGCGCACCAGAAUGGAAAGCUAGUCGACGGAGAAAGUUCCACGGUGUUAUUGUUUUCGUUUGCAGACGAUCGACGGAAAUCGAUUUCGAGGAUUUUCGAACGAGCAGUCCGAAAUGACCACUUCAAUAUGCAAGGCAUCGGUGUACAAGGCAUACCAAGAUGUCAUUAACGACGUCAUCUCGAACACCAGGGAACAUUUUAUCGAAGAAGGAGUCGACGAGGCGAUUUUGAACGAACUAAAACAGCUGUGGGAAACUAAAUUAAAGGCUACAAAGGCGGUUGAUGAGAAUAAAGAAGUCGAUAAAAUAUUAAACAACGCGAAACCAAAGCAAGAUGUGAAUCCAAAUUACGUUAAAACAGCUCCAUUAACGGUCAACCAACUGAAAAUGCAGCAAUACCAGCAACAGCAGCAGCAAAUGCUGUUGAACAAACAGAUAGUAGGACAAGUACCGCCCAAUAACCACAUACCACAAGUCCAAGGGCUCCCGGAAUGGAGAAGGGUCCCCAUCCAGCUCACCAUUCCAUCAGCCCCGGGCUCCGGCGAAAACCACCGCAUACUCUCCGUCGACGUUCCCGAAGUGUUCCUCCAAGACCACCACCUGAAGUCCAUACUGACCGGCCAAGUGAUCAGCACCACGAUGGGCCUGCCGCUGGCCUCGGCGUGCGCCUACCUGCAGGAGCACGUCAACGCCGCCUUCCUCGACCACCAAAAGUCCUACUUCAGCUCCGCCAACGGCCGGAACCCCGCCCGCCAUCCGCACCAGCUGCACGACUACCUGCUCGAAGGGAAGCUGCGGGCGGCCGGCAGGGCCGGCGAGUUCUCCUACACCGCCGGCGACGCGCCCAAGCAGAAGGACCCGGACCCGGUGCUGAGCUCGUCGUUCUCCAGCGACCUGGAGGACCAGAUACUGCAGAGCCGGCUGAGGGGCAUCCCGCAGGGCGACGGCCCCGCCGACUCCUCGGAGGAGGACGACAAGAGCGAGGACGGGUCCGAGGAGGUCGAGGAGGACAAGGAAGAGGACGAAAUGGAGGACGAUUUCGCCGCGCAAGGUGAAGACGAUCCGUUGAAUUCCGGCGAUGAUGUGUCCGAUGCCGAUGGGACGGAGGAAUCAUUUGAGACUGAUAAUGUGAUAGUAUGCCAGUUUGAUAAGAUUACGAGGAGCAGAAAUAGGUGGAAGUUCCAUCUGAAAGACGGUAUAAUGAAUCUGAACGGGGAGGAUUUCAUCUUCCAAAAAGCAAGCGGUGACGCGGAAUGGUGAACUGGACAAAUAAAAUAUUACACGUUAAUUAUUUUUUUGUAACAAUUCGUUAGAUUUUUAAGCAAACGUUGACUGUUGUAGAUUUUUAAACGCAUUGUUUGGUAAUCGAAUAAUGUUACCUUUAUAGUAAUAUAUUUCAAUGUUAUAUUUUUUUGGGCA